AUGACUAGAAAAAUUCUCGUUGGAUUCGGCGUAGAUGUUGACGCUGUGGCUGGUUGGCUUGGAUCCUAUGGAGGAGAAGAUUCACCAUUGGAUAUCUCUCGAGGAAUGUAUGCGGGAGAAGUUGGGGUACCCCGCCUUCUGAAGCUGUUUGAUAAGUAUAAGAUCAAAACAACUUGGUUCAUUCCCGGUCAUAGCUUGGAGACAUUUCCGAAGCAAAUGGAAGCAGUUCGGGAUGCCGGUCAUGAGAUAGGGCUUCAUGGAUACUCCCAUGAGAACCCUGUCACUAUGACUCUGGAACAACAAUCCGACAUCUUGGACCAUACUUUUAAGCUUCUGACAGAUUUCAAUCAUGGUGUUCCUCCGAAGGGCAGCGUCGCUCCUUGGUGGGAGACCAGCAAGGAGGGGACAGCACUGUUACUAGAAAAGGGCAUUGAAUAUGACCACUCCAAUAUGUGCCACGAUUCGCAGAUGUAUUAUCUUCGUGACGAAGAUACAUGGACAAAAAUCGAUUAUCAGGCGAAAGCUCACACGUGGAUGAAGCCGCUGCAAAAGGGUAAGGAAACUGGGCUCGUCGAGAUUCCGGGUAACUGGUACCUUGACGAUCUUCCCCCCAUGAUGUUCAUUAAAUCAAGUCCAAACUCGCAUGGUUGGGUCAGCACUCAAGCUGUCGAGCAGCUUUGGAAAGAUACAUUCACUUACCUGUAUAGAGAAGAGGAGGAUUUUGUAUUUCCCAUCAGCAUCCACCCGGACGUUAGCGGUCGUCCACACGUACUUUUGAUGCUGGAGAGAUUCAUUGAAUGGAUCAAUACUCACGAUGACAUCCAGUGGCUGACCUUCUAUGAAAUGACUCAAGUUUUCAGAGCCACAAAUGACCCAGCACCAGGUGCUGUCAUGCCUAAGGGCUUCAAGAAAGCCUAA